AUGGAAAACGAUUAUCGAGUUAUGGAAGACACACUGAAAGCUAAAAAUAUACAACUUCAAGAUUAUGAUAAAUCGCAAAAGGAGCUCCAAACACAAUACAACGGACUGAAGUCCAAAAUUGAAGGUGUUACUUCCGAACUUGAUACAACAAAAGAAGAGAAAAUGAAAUUAGAAGAACAAUUUGCAAAUUCUAAAUUAUCAGAGAAAAAACUGUGUGACGAUUUGGAAGCUCAAAAAGUGCUCAACAACACACUUGAGAAUGAUACUAAUGAAAAAGAGAAACGUAUCACCGAAUUAACAAAGCAACUUGAAGAAGUGACUCGGCAAAAAGUAUCUUUUGAAUCACAAAACAAAGAGCUGCAAACACGACUCUAUACCGAAAAAGAAAUAACACAGAAAUUGGAUGAUGAAAACGAAAGUUUAAAGAGUGCAAAAGAAGUGACAGAAAAGGAAAAGAAUGAAUUGAUGACACAAACACAAAAAUUGGAAAAUGAAACUCAAAGACAGAAAGAACAAAUUGAAUUGUUGCAAAGAGAGCAAGUGGAUGGUGAAAAUAAGAAGAAUGAAAUUGAAGCGAUUUUGGCAUUAACAAACAAUCAGUUGGAAAACAAUGAAAAGGCACAAAAGGAUCUUCAGAAUGAAAUUGUCAAACUUAAAGAAAUUAUUCAUGUGUUGGAAUCCGAUCUUACUCAGACAAAAGACGACAAAUCAAAAAUUGAAGAACAACUUAAUUUGGUCAAAAUUGAAAGAGACAAAACGAGUGGAGAAUUGUCAAAUGAGAAAGAAACGAAUGGUAAAUUGAUGAAUGAACUUUACUCGUUGAAAGCAAAGAAUGAAAAGCAAGAGACAGAAAUUCAAGAACUCAACACUCAACUUAACACCCUUCAAAAAGAAAAUGAAGAAAUGAAGAAAUUGAAAGAACAAGUUGAAAUCGAAAAGAAAAAAGUUGAAGACACUUUAAGAGAAACUGAGUCGCAAUUAAAACACACCGAAGACGAACAAAGAGAGUUGCAACGCCAAUUUGAUAACUUAAAAAUGGAAAAGAACAAUUUAAAUGAGGAACAAACGAACACUAAAGAAGAAAGUGAUAAAGCAAAAGAACAGUUGAAACAAUCACAAUCAGAAAAUGAAAAACUUGUACAAACCAUGGAAAAAAUAAAGACCUCAGAAACCAAGUUAACAGAAGACUUGAAAAACCUUUGUGAACAGAACAAAAACAUUGAAAACAAGAAUCAAGAUUUGGUGUGCCAACUCAAAGCAGCAACAGAAAAAGUUGAAGAGAUGAAUAAAAAAGAGUUGGUAAAUAAUACUAAAAUAGACGAGUUGGUAGAAGAGAACAAAAACUUGACAAAACAAAAAGAAAGUCUUGAAGAGAACAUCAAAAAACUUGAGAAAGAUAACCACACACAAUUCGACAAAAUUACUGAUUUGAAUAAAUUGAACGAACAAAUUGAAAAUGAAAAGAAGGCGAUUGAAGGGACUUUGGUUGUUAAGAAUACACAAAUUAAAAAUAUUGAAAAGGAAAAGAAAGAACUUUUGCAGAAGAAUGAAACUAUUUGUUCACAACUGGAUAAGACACAACAAGAGAAAAUAAAAAAUGAGGAAGAACUUAAAAGAGUACAAAAAAACAAAGAGAAGGUUGAGAGCGAUUUGUUGGGUGAAAGAGAUAACACAACAAACUUAAAUGAAGAGUUGGACAAGACAAAAAGAGAGAAGGAAAAUGUAAAAAAUGAACUCAAAGCAAUGAAAGAAGAAAGAGAUGGCAUUGAACAUAAAAUGGAUGAAGUGAUGGCUAAAAAUGAAAUAACAAAUUCACAACUUUUGGAAGAACAAAACAAAAAUUCUGAAUUGACGAAAACACUGGAGGAAACACAAAACGCGAUGAGAGAAAAAGAGAAGAGGAGUAACGAGGAAAUUGCAAAGAAGAAUGAAAACAACGAACAAUUGCAAAAGGAGUGUAACUUAUUGAAUGAAAAAGUUGUGGUAAUGAAUCAAAACAAUGAAAUGAUAAUGAAAGAAAAGAAGGAUGUAGAAAACACACUUGAAAAUGUUGAGAAAGAUAAAAGUGAAUUAGAAAGACAAUUGGAAGAAAUUAAAAGUAUAAACGAAGGGUUUGUUAAGAACAUCCAAAACUUGGAACAAACAAAUACAAAUGUGAACGAUGAGUUGGAAAAAACUAAAAACGAGACCAACGAAUUUGCAGAAGAAUUGUCGAAGGCAAAUGCAGAAUUAAUUCAAACAAAAGAAGAACUGAACAAAACAAAACAUGAAAUUGGCGAGAUGAAAGAAUUGGUGGAAAAAAGUGAACAGAAUAAUCGAAGUGUCAUAUCGGGUCUCAACAAAAAGACUGAAACACUUGAAAAUGAGUUGAAAGAAAAGAAAGAAGAAAUUGUUGUUUGUACAAAGGAUAUUCAAGAAAAGGAAAAACAUUUGAAAGAACUUAAAGAGAAAUUAGAAGAAGAUGAGAAAGCAAAGAAAGAGAGAGACGAAAGAAUAAUUAAAAUAGAAGAAGAGAACAAAAAUAAGAAUGAUGAAAUUGAGAAGAUGACAAAUGAAUUGAACAGUGUCAAUCAAGAAAAGGAAAAUAUAACAAAAGAACUGAACAAAACAAAAGAUGAAAUAGUCAAAAUUGAACGAAAACUCGAAACUACAGAAGAAGAGAAAGAAAAUGUAACUCAAUUGUUAAAUACACAAAAACAAGAAAACGAAAAAAUUGCAGGAAAACUCAAAAAUACAGAAGGAGAGAUUGUUCAACUUAAAAGUGAAUUGAAUACACAAAAGGAAAAAUCAAACAAACAAGAGAAAAUAAUCAAAGAACGCGAAGAUGAAUUAAAUGUUUCAACUCAGAGGAUUGAAGAAAUUGAGAAAGAAAAGAAAGAAGCAGAAGAUAAAUCCAAACAAUACGAAGAAGAGAAAGAAAAGAUAACCAAAAAACAUGACAGUGUAGAAAAAGAGAAAGAAAAUGUUACUCAACAAUACAAGGCAGCAUUAAAUGAAAAAAUUGAGUUGGAAAAAACAAUUGAAAAUCAAAAUAAAACAACAACUCAAUUACAAAACAAUUUGGAGAAAGUGAAUCAACAACUUUACAAUACAAAAGAAGAGAAAGAUGAAAUAGAAAAUGAAUUGAAAGAACAAAAAGAAAAAGUUGAGAUUGCAAACAAAGAAACAGAAAAUAUUAAAAAUGAAAAUGUACAACUCAUAGAAAAAUUGGAAAAAGAGGAAAAAACAAACAAAGAAAAAGAAGACGAUCUGAAAAAGGCAACAGAAAUGAUACAAGAAAUGGAAGAGAAAAUGAAAAAUAUGAAAUUAACAGAAAGUGAAUUAACAGAAAAGGGAAAUGCAUUUAUACAACUCAACAAACAAAAUCAAGAAAAUGUAAAUAAAGCGAAAUCACUUGAAAGUGAUGUUAUAAAUGAACGAGAAAAUGUUAAACAAAUGGAAAAUGAAUUGAAACGAUUGAAUGAAUUAUAUGGUCCACUCCUCCAAGAAAAGAACGAAAAGGAUAAACAAAUUGAAUUUGGUAACAAAGAGAGAAUUGAAUUACAGAGCUCAAUUGAGAAUAUAAAAACAGAAUUACUACAAACAAGAGAGAAGAAUGAACAAUUUGAAACGCAACUUGAAACUAAUAUAAUUGAAAUGGAAGGGAUGUCAAAACAACUUUGUGACGCUCAAAAAAUAAAAAGUGAAUCUGAACAAUAUGCAAAUGAAUUAAAAACACAAUUGGUAAAAAGAAAUGACGAAUUCAAAGAACUUUUAGAAAACUUGGAAAAAACAAAUAGCGAGAAAGACCAAACAAAGAAACUAUUGGAUGACACUAAUACAGAAAAAGAUAAAAUAAAAAUCGUAUUAAAAGAAAAAGAAGAAAAUUUGAAAGGUACAUUACAACAACUGGAAAAGAUUGAAAAACAAAACUGCACAUACAAAGAGAAAAAUAAACAACUUGAAGAAGAAAUACAAACUGAAAUAGAAAAAAACAAGACAAUUAAUGAUGAACUGAUCAAAACGAGAAGUGAAAAUAGUCGAAUUGAGAAUGAAAAUCAAAUAAUAAAAACUGGAUUAAAACAAAUAAAAGAAGAGAAAGACACGAUACAAAAAGAACUUGACACAAAGAUAAAACUCAAAGAAGAAAUAGAAAAUCAAAUGAAAGAAAAAGAAAACGAGUUGAAUGAAACUGCAAAACAACUUGAAGAUACAAAUAACAAAUUCAACACUGUAAAAGAACAACUUGAAAAUAACAACAAAACAUUGUCAGACGAGUUGGAAAAGACAAAAGAAAGGAAUGAAAACAUCACUCAAAAACUCAAGACAACAACAAAUGAGAAAGUUGAUUUGGAGAAAACAAUUGAAAAUCAAAAUGAAGAGACUGAAAAGAGAAUAGAGACAAUUGUAGCAGCUCAACAAGAAAAAGAAAAAGAAAUGAAUGAAAAUUUGGAAAGGAUGACAAACAAAAAUAAUGAACUAGAAAUAGCAUUAAAAGGAAAUGAAGAUAAAGCCAAACAACUCGAAGCCGAAAAAGAUAAAAUAACAAAAGAACUUAACGCAACAAAGAAAGAGAAAAAUAAAUUUGAAAAUGAAAUUAAAAUAAAAGAUGAACAAAUUAAAAUGAUUGAAAGUGAUGCAAAGACAAAACAAGAAACUAUAAAUCAACUCAAUGGUAAAUUAACGAAUAUCAAUGAACAGAAAGAUAAAAUUAACAAACAGAAAACAGAAAUAGAAGAGCAAAUCAAAACACUGAAUGAAGAAAACAAGAAGAUUGCAAAUGAACUUGACACAACAAAAGAAGAGGUUAAUAAACAAAAAGAAGAAGGAGAGAAGAAAGUAGAAGAUAUGAUGAACACAGUUAAAACAGAAGAAGAGAAAAAUAACAAAUUAAAUGAAGAAUUGGAUAAUAUCAAAGAAGAAAAAGAAAAAGUUGUUAAUCAACUCAAAACUACAGAAGAAGAAAAAGUUAAAAUUGAAAGUGAAUUGAAAAAGAAAGACGAUGAAUUAAAUGUGGCGACUAAAAAGAUUGGAAAAAUUGAGAAAGAAGCAGAAGAUAAAUCCAAACAACUCGAAGAAGAGAAAGAAAAGAUAACCAAAAAACUUGACAGUGUAGAAAAGGAGAAAGAAAAGAUCAUUGAAAAACUCAAAUUAACAAUAAAUGAGAAAGUUGAGUUGGAAAAAACAAUUGAAAAUCAAAAUAAAACAACAAAACAAUUGCAAAAUGAACUGAAAGACAAAAAUGACAAUCUGGAGAAAGUGAAUCAACAACUUGAAGAGACAACAAAACAAAAAGAAGAAGUUGAAAAGAAAAUCAAACAACAAGAAGAACAACUCAACAAUACAAAACAAGAGAAAGAUGAAUUAGAAAACAAAUUCAAAGACAAAGACGACAUAAUUGAAACAACUAAAAAACAAAAAGAAGAAGUUGAACAGAAAUUGGAAAUGAAUAUAGCAGCUCAAAAAGAGAAAGAAAAAGAAAUCAAUGAAAUUUUGGAAAACGCAAAGAACGAGAAUGAUGAACUGAAAACCACUUUCAAUUCACAAGAACAGAAACUGAAAGAAGCAGAAACAACACAAAAUGAAAUGCAAAGUAAUAUCAAAAACAUGGAAGAACAACUGACAAAAACAAAUGAUGAAAAAAUGAAAGUAGAAUGUGAAUUAAACACACAAAAAGAAAAGACAGCACAACAAGAGAAACUUAUUGAAGAAAAAGAAGGCGAGUUGAAAAAGGCAACUCAAAAGAUUGAAGAAAGUGACAAAGAGAAGAAAGAAUUUGAAGAGAAAAUCAAACAACUGAAUCAACAACUUUACAAUACAAAAGAAGAGAAAGACGAAAGAUUUAUUCAAAUGGAACAAGAAAGCAAAAGAAAGACUGAAGAAAUUGAGAAGAUGACAAAUAAACUUAAAAUAACAAACGAAGAAAAGAAAACGAUACAACAAGAAUUUAACACUUCAAAAGAACACAUCGAUGAAUUAACAAAAGAAAAUGAUGAACAAAAAGAAGAGAAUUUGAAGUUGAAGAACGAAAUCAAAAUAAAAGAUUGUGAAUUGGACAAAACGAUGAAUCAAAUUAAUGAAAUGAUCAACCAAAACAACACAAUGGAAAAGAAAAUCAAAACACUCGAAGAGGAAGUCCAGAAUGAAACGAACAAUUCAAACAAAAUGAAAGAGAAGUUCAUUAAGAUGAUCAAUGAAAAAGACCGACUUACAAUGUACGUCACUCAAAAAGAUGACCAACUUCAAGAAGCUUCAGUGAAGCUCAAAACAAUUCAAAAUCAAUUUGAGAAUUUGAACGCCGAAAUAGAACAAAGAAAGAGUGACAACACCUUUCUCAACAACGAGUUAGAAAAGACAAAAGAAGAGAAAUUGAAACUUCAAAAUGAAAUGACAACGCAUGAGGAGGUAGUAAAUCAAUUAGAAAAAGAAGUGAAAGAGAAGGAACGUGAACUUGAAACGACAAUUAAACAAUUUGAUGCGAUUAAAAAACGAAUGGACGAAGUAAAUGAUCAAAAGACGUUACUUGAAAUGGAUUUAUCUCAAGAGAAAGACAAAUCAAAGCAUCUCUAUGAUGACUUGACAAAAGUUUUCGAUGAAAAAAGUGUUUUAGAAUUGAAGAUGGAAACAAAUACAAAAGAAAUUGAACACUUAAGAACAACACAAAAAGAAUUAGAAAACAUUAUAGAAACAAAUAAAAUCAAACAACUCACAAGUGCAAGACGUAUCGAGUUUUUACAACACACAAUGCAAAUGGUCUAUGUGUCUUACCAUGAAAUUCAACACAGAAACCAAGGGCUUUUGUUGGAAAUUAAAACAAUGGUUGAAUGCAAUGCACUCUUCAAACAGAGAUCAGAGGAGGGAAUGAGAAAUAUCAAACGUGAGACUGCGAUCCUCAGUGCGAAGUACGAUAAUGCGCGUGCUGAAAUUGCUGCACUGAAAAGUGAAUAUGGACUCAAAUAA